AUGUUACAAAAUCAUCCUUCACAUUUAAAUGUUAGAACUCCUUUAUCUAACAUUUCCAAUGCCAUGGAUAUUUCCAAUAACAGUUUUGAAUCACUGUCAACAAACAUCAACUUGGAUUCAAACGAAAAAUUCAAAGGAGUGGUCAAUCGAAAGAAAAACGUAUGCACAUCUAUGUCAAAUUUAUUAUUGUAUACCUUCAAACUUGUUUUCCCAGUCAUGGAUAUUUCCAAUAACAAUUUUCAAACACCGUUACCAAACAUCGGAUUGGAUUCAAACGACAAAAUCAACCGAUUUGUUCAUCGAAAUAAAAACAUAACCUCAUCUAAAUCAACUGCAAACAUGUCAAAACAAUCAAUGUUACAAAAUCCUCCUACACAUUUAAAUCGAUGGAUACUUCAAAUAACAGUUUUCAAUCACCGUUACCAAAUAUUCGACAAUACUCUGGAAAAUUUAUCUCCUAUUCCAAUAAUUGGUUUGAUAUCCGAUCAAGACAACAACGAUGGUCAAAGUAAUCAAAACAUAUACAACGAUUAUUUGGACCAUGGUGAUCAGAUUGAUGUAUGCCAAACAUGUUUUGCAAAAUUAUGGAAAGAUGAAUCUAUCAGAUGUAGAAAAAAAGAUAAUGAAAAUUAUUCUCUAUGUUGUGGUUAUGGCAAAGUUGAACUUCCAGAGUUAAAGAAUGCACCUCCAAGUUAUGAAAUUCUUUUUAGAUCUGGAGAUUCUAAAAGCAAACAUUUCAUGAAGAACAUUCAUUCUUACAAUUCUAUGUUUUCUUUUAUGUUGAUGGGUGGCAAAAUUGAUUCCUCAAUCAAUAGAGGCAACGCUCCAUACAUUUUUAGACUUAGUGGUCAAAAUUAUCAUAGUAUUGGAAGCGUUUUACCAGAUCAGGGAUUUAAACCAAAAUUCUCUCAGUUUGGAGAAAAUCAACGAUCUACAUCAAAUUGUUCUGUCCUUGAUGAUGAUAUUAUACAAGAUUUGAAAUUGAUGUUAGAUUCAAAUAAUGUCUUGGUUCAAUCUUAUAGGAUGAUUAGAGAUUGUUUUAAUGAAAAUCCUCGUGCUGAUAUCAAGUUGAGAAUUAUUGGAAGAAGGGACCAAGACGGAAGGACAUACAACCUACCAUCUGCUUCUGAGGUAGCAGCUUUGAUCGUUGGAGAUAUUGGUGAUUCAAUUGAUAAUAGAGAUAUUGUUUUUCAAACUUCAUAUGGUUCUCUACGGUGUAUUAGUGAAUUACAUCCAUCAUACCUUCCUCUUCAGUAUCCACUACUGUUUCCAUAUGGUGAUGAUGGUUACAGAGUUGACAUACCACAUCGAGGUAUUACAUCUUCAAGCAACAAUGCUUACUCUAUGAUUGAAAGCGAGAGAUUACAUUUCAUAAGGAGCAAACAACAAAUUCUUAGAUGUGAGUCUUAUGCGAUUUUACGUAAUCAACAAGACCUUGGGAAUAGAGAUAUAUCCAACAUCGAACAACGUGUUAUCUUACCUACUUCAUUCACUGGCGGUGCGCAUUAUAUGAUGCAAAACUACCUUGACGCCAUGUCCUUAUGUAAAUGGUUUGGAUAUCCUGAUUUCUUCAUAAGCUUUACAUGUAAUCCAAAAUGGCCUGAAGUUAAAAGGUUUCUUCGUAACACUUCAUUGCAUCCAGAAGAUAGACCUAAUAUCUUAUGUAGGUUAUUCAAAAUAAAGCUUGAUGCUUUUAUUAAAGACAUACAAGAAAAUAAAAUUUUCGGCAUCGUUCAAGCAGUUGUCUAUACAAUUGAAUUUCAAAAAAGAGGUUUGCCACAUAGUCAUAUUUGUCUAUUUAUGCAUGUUGACUCUAAGUGGCCUACUGUUGAAUAUAUUGAUCCGAUAAUUUCCGCGGAGAUUCGAAAUAUCAAUGAAGAGCCAGAUUUGUAUUCACUUGUAAGUGAAUUCACUAUACAUGGUCCUUAUGGAGCUGAAAAUAUGAAUUGCCCAUGCAUGGUUGACAGGCAAUGUUCGAAAAAUUUUCCAAAGCAAUUCUGUAAUCAUUCUUUAGUUGAUGUCAACGGUUAUCCCUUAUAUAUGAGAAGAAACAAUGGACAUUUUGUCGAAAAAUCAGGUGUCAAGUUAGACAACAGAAAUGUUGUUCCAUAUAACAAAUAUCUAUUGAAAAUACAUCAGGCACAUAUUAAUGUUGAAUGGUGCACUCAGGGAUCUUCCAUACAGUAUCUGUUUAAAUAUAUAAACAAAGGUCCAGAUAGAGCUACAGUUGUUGUUGACAUCAACACUGAUUCUCAUCAAGAAAAGGUUGUGGAUGAAAUAAAAGAUUAUUAUGAUUGUAGAUAUUUAUCUGCAUGUGAAGCAUCAUGA